CGCCCCGGGGCGGUCCCGCGCGGGGCCGAAAUCCGGCCGCUCACUCCUCCCAGGCGCCGCGAUCAACAAGGCUCCCGCAGUCGGCGCAGUCCUGUCCCGGGCCGGAGCAUGAAGGUCGAGUUUGCGCCGCUCAACAUCCCGCUGGCGCGGCGGCUGCAGACCGCCGCGGUGCUGCAGUGGGUCCUGUCCUUCCUGCUGCUCGCACAAGUGUGCAUUGCAGUCAUCGUGAUACUGAUCGUAUACAACUAUUGGUUCCUCUAUGUCCCUUAUAUGACAUGGCUUUACUUUGACUGGAGUACCCCAGAGCAAGGGGGAAGGAGAUCCAAUUGGGUCAGAAGCUGGACCGUUUGGAGGUAUUUUAAGGACUAUUUUCCGAUUCACCUCAUCAAAACCUGGGAUUUGGAUCCAAGUCGCAACUAUAUAUUUGGGUUUCACCCCCAUGGAGUGCUUGUUGCUGGAGCCUUUGGAAAUUUUUGUACAAAUUAUUCGGACUUUGAGGAGCUGUUUCCUGGCUUCACUGCGUAUCUUCAUGUGCUCCCAUUUUGGUUCCGCUGUCCACUCUUUCGAGACUAUCUGAUGACCAGUGGGUCAGUCUCAGUUUCUAAGAAAAGUGUGUCCCAUGUGCUGAGCAAGGAGGGAGGUGGAAACAUUUCAGUCAUUGUUCUUGGGGGUGCAGAAGAAUCACUGGAUGCCCAUCCUGGAAAAUUCACUCUGUUCAUCCGCCAGCGGAAAGGAUUUGUUAAAAUUGCUUUGACCCAUGGCGCCUCCUUGGUCCCGGUGUUUUCUUUUGGAGAAAAUGAGCUAUUUAAGCAAGUUAACAACCCUGAAGGUUCAUGGCUUCGAACUGUGCAGGAGAAGCUGCAGAAGAUCAUGGGGUUUGCUUUGCCGCUGUUCCAUGCCAGAGGAAUUUUUCAAUACAAUUUUGGCCUGAUGCCCUAUAGGAAACCUAUCCACACUGUUGUUGGCCGUCCAAUCCCUGUGCCUCAGACCCUGCACCCAAGCCCAGAGCAGAUUGAGGAGUUGCAUCAGACCUAUAUGGAAGAGCUGAGGAAGCUAUUUGAGGCCCACAAAAGGAAGUAUGGCAUCUCAGAGCAUGAAACUCUCAUUUUUAGAUAACUACUCUUAGAAGGCAUACAGAGGACGAGAGAACAUCCCAUUGGAGGAUACAUCAUUUUAAAUAAGGAUUUUUUUUUCUUUCACUUUGGAAUCAAGAUUACAACUGAAAAGUAUUAUUUAUGGUGACAAAUGUUAAUGUGUAUCCGUGGGAGAUAAAAAUACAGUGGGUGACUGUAGGAGAAGGAGGGAGAGGACCAUAACCCUUUGGAUAAUCCUCAUUAGGGAAGGUUCAAGCAUUUCCCGUGUUAAGAAAGGGUUUAGGAUUAUUUGUGUGCUAAAAAAAAAAAAAAAAAAUUAAAAAAACAAUUAGACCCUUUUACCCAAAUUACAAGAAUUUAAGGUGGUGUUUUCAUGAAGUAUCACAGCUCUUGUUUAGCACAGCUGAAACACUUAGGAGACAGUGUGUAAACUAAUUUUCCAUACCGAGCUAGAGGAGAUCAUUUCUUUCUUUUUUUUUUUCCUGCUUGAACAGAGAAUUUUUUGGGUGAAUAACAUUACUUUUCAGAGUUAGAUAACUUGAUCCUUUAGGUCAUCUCACCCAACACCUUUUCAUACAAUAGUGCAGAAUUUCCGUACAGGUUUUGAAACAGGAUAAAUCUACCAUCUGGAAACCCAUGUGGAUGAGAGCAUGUCUCCUCAUUUCUAUUCACGCUUAGAAAUGCUCAUGCUUGUCAUUUGCUCAGAAAUUCUGAGCAAAUGUUCAUUUGCUAUAUGUUCAUUUGCUAUAUAGACAAGAAGGUCUUUUGGGAGACAUGCUUUAGAACAUUAAAAUUCCAAAAGUUUUUCAUGGUAUUAGAAAUGGUUUUAAUUUCCUUCCCAAAUGGCCUCUUUGAGUAAGACCAGCUAUGAAAGAAAGUGUCCUCUCCGGUUGUAAUGUGUCCAGUUAGAGUUGUCUGGUCCACGGGAGUGGGAACCCUGUUCCUCCUGUUCACUGACCUCUCCCUAGUGCCUGGGUCCCGCACAAGAUAAGUGCUUGCUUACUGAAUGUAUUAAUAGAUGAACCCACAAACAUCUUUGCCUUAAGGUGAAGAAUUUUUAAAGCUUUAUUUACAAUAGAACGAACGUAUUAUAGACAAGAGCCUCUUUCAGAAGGGGAGAAUGUGCUGGGUCUGUCUCAGAACAGUAAUUGACAAGUAAGUAAGUCAGUCCGUCAGUCUUGUCAAUUGCCUUAAGGAAGAAGAAUGUCUAGUUUCCAGAUGAUCUCCACUGCUGUUUGUUGCUUCUCUCCCUGCUGCACUCUAAGUAUUUGAGGACACCUGCACGGAGUUCUAACUUACUAGUAAUAGAUCUUCAGGCCUCAGAUUGUUAAAACGUCAAGCCCUGGGCUAGAGUCUGAACUGUGUUCAGCAUCAGACAGACAAUCAUGCUGGGUAAUGUCUUGAGAAGGAAAGCAUUUCACAGAGGAAGAAGUGAACCUCCCUGAUGGUUCCAUUUGAGGUGGUUUUGGCCAGCAUCACUCUGGCUUCACCUUGGUUGAGCAAUCCUGGAGUCCACUGACCCAUGGCCUUCAAAUUAGACCAAUUUUAUAAUCAAAGCAGAGAAUAGGGCACAACCUGUUUUCAACAGAUGCAGAAAAUUGGAUUGUAAAUCCUUUUUUGGUAUUAUUCAAUACUAACAAGGCAUAAAGGAGCACCAUUUAUGGAAAAUGACACACCCUAGCUGGUUAGGGGUCAGUCUUCGUAAGGCCAAUUAACCACCACAAUUAGAGACUUUUAAGUUAUUAAAAAACCCAUGGGGACUCCUGGGUGGCUCAGU